CAACAUACAAAAAGAAAAGAAAGAAAAUCAAAGUUUGGACUGUGGUUCUUCUUUAGCUUUUUCUUCUUCAAUCCCUCAGAAUCUCUGUAAAGAUCUCGUGACCUUGAAAUUGGAAACGAUGUCGUGUUUGUCAGCAAGAACAGGACGACAAAGACAGCGUUAUGAAGGAAAUUUGCGCCUUGUCUCCGGGUGUAUUCCCUAUAGGUGGAUCAAGGACAGCACAGAUCAAACGGGCGAAACAGAGGAAAUGAUAGAAGUACUCAUGGUUUCUUCGCCGAAACGCGAUGAUCUUGUAUUUCCAAAGGGUGGAUGGGAGGAUGAUGAAACUGUUACGGAAGCCGCGUGCCGCGAAGCAUUAGAGGAAGCAGGAGUUAAAGGAAUUCUAAGAGAAGUUCCACUGGGAAUAUGGGAAUUCAGAAGCAAAAGCAACCUUGACUUAUGUUGCACGGAAGGUGGUUGUAAAGGAUACAUGUUUGCCAUGGAGGUUACCGAAGAACUUCACACUUGGCCGGAGCAAAAUAACCGCAGUCGCCAAUGGUUAAACAUAAAGCAGGCAUUUAGUCUGAGCCGGUACGAGUGGAUGUGUAGCGCGCUCGAGGAGUUUCUUAGAGUCAUGGAAGAAGAAAGAAAGCUUGAGAAGCAAGAUGAUGAUAGCAUUGGUUGCCCUUCAAGUCUAGUAGCAGAUGUUUCAGAAUCUCAAAGUAUGGCACCACCUAAGUGCUAUAAAAGAUCCUCUACUAUGCCACACCAUAGUAUGAAUUCUAAGAAAAACAUCUUAUCAUGUGCUUCUUAAGAAAUAGCCAUCAACUUUAGCUUUUGACAUGUUUUCUGUUUUUUUUUUUUGAUGUAAUGAAUCAAUAUUGAAAGGAAGUAAGCAACAUCUUCAACUGAUGUUUAUUUUCUUCAACACACUUUGUUCCUAAGAGAACCUUGUAAAAUAUCUCAU